UGAUAAGCACCGAGAGACGAUUCUUGUUCCGGGUUGUGCUGUUUUGUUAUGCUAAGUGAAAAAACAGGUUUAAGAGUGCCACGUUAUAGAUACAUUCGUCUUCUGAGCUUUAGGAAACCGAGUGGGAAAAUAUCAGGACGCGAUGCAAAGACCACAGUUUCGCCAUCCCCGCCAAGGCUCUGGUCCACGGCCAGCAGGCUUCCGCAGCCCGCCUCCAGCUUACGACAGGACAGGGAGUAUGUUUCCAUCGCCUCCGUGGGCAUUUUCAACCCCACCGCCGCCGUUUGGACCUAGAUUUGGACAGGGUUCACCUAAUACCCCACCGAGAGAGUUUGGUGGUAAUAGAGGAGGAGGAGGAGGAAGCGGCGGCGGUGGGAAAUAUUUUAACGGUCAGUCUCCGGGUCACACACCGCGCAGAUCGAACCCCAGUCCCCGCGGCGCACCGUACAGACGCUCGCCGUAUGAGAGUCCCGGACGACACUCUGGAUAUCAGGGUUCACCACGGACAUCCACACCGUUUGGGUCAGCGCAUGGCAGGGAGAGAGGGACAAAUGAUAUGGAAAAAUAUUACAAACCAUCAAUGCUCCAAGAUCCUUGGGCUGAGCUACAGCCCAUCUCAGUUACACAAACUCAGUCUAAAUGCAACUCCAAACAAACCAGUACAAGCAGACAAGGGAGGUACUACAAUUAAAACUUUAUGUAACUUCAGUGAAAGGGAAAAGUCACUGAACAGUACUUUUUAUUUAGUGCACCAGCAGUGCACUAAAUUUUUAAAGUCAAACGGAGCCAGCCGAACACAUGGACCUGAGGCAGGAUUCACCAGCAAUAAUUCUUGAGAAACUGACUCCACAACAUUUUUUAAAAUCACAUGUACUUGCUUGUAUAAAGAGACAUUCUCUUUUACUUUUAUAUCUGCACCUCAACGACAGGAUCAUAAAAACGGGGUGCUAUUGUAACUGUAGUUUGCCAUCUCUGGCCCACUCCCAUGGAGUUUGCAAAUCCUUCAUUGAAUUCAGAGGAAUAUGUCUUCAAGCUCAAAAUGCAGUUUAACAAAAGAUGUCUGAUCAACACAUCCGUCUACCUCUCGAUAUUGACUGUGUGGCUGUUAAGUAGUUCAGGUCAGGUCAAGUAUUUGUAGGUUUGGCUCCUUUACUAAUUUUCUAUGGACUGUUUUUUUUUGUUUUAAACCUUUUGUGACGUUUUUUGGUUUUAUCACAGUCUAUGAUCAUUUCUUUUUGUAUGUAUAUAUAUAUAUAUAUAUAUAUAUAUAUAUAUAUAUAUAUAUAUAUAUAUAUAAAAAAAAAAAAAAAAAAAUAGACUGGCAACAGACAUUGUAAUCAUAAACAGCCCACAAAGAACUAUUGUUGAAUAGCCAAAUCUAAUUAAAAGUUGUAAUGCAAUACAGUCCUUGUCAAAAACCAUUUCAAGUUGAAAUCUGUUACUCUUUAUUUACAAAAAAAAAACUUGUUUAAUAUCUUUAAAUUUAAUCUUACCAUGGAUAAUGUAGAUAAAACAGCAUAACAUUUCUACACAAGUUGUAAUUCAGUCUCUCUCUUUUUUUUUUUU